UGCGCGCGUCUCUCCACUCCUCUCCCCUCCCUCGCCGAUUGCCUGCCUGCGCCGCCGUCUCCCCCCGCCUUGCCUUGCCGCCCGCGCGCCCUUCGUCGGCUCUCCGCGUGCCUGCAAGCUUCCUUGCGUCAACAGCGGACGGAUGCAUAUAACGCCAUGGUGUGAACCGCGCGCAUGCCUGGGAUUCUACAGGAAGGCCUGAUUCGGGGGAACAUGCUGCGAUCGAUACUGCCUGGCGACGAGGAGCUGGGCAAGAAGGACGACGACCAUAAGCCGGGCGCCGCGCGCAUGCCAAAAUGGACACCGAGGAGCACGCCCCUGCGCUGGCGACGCCGGCGCAUAUUGCUAGCCGUCGUCGGCCUUUGUAUGGUCUAUCUCCUCGUCAAGAAUGUGCCGUCCAUGGGCGGCUGGACUGAUCAAAUCACCACGGCGGAAUACGCAAGUGCGCCGCCCGGCAGGUUCAACUACGCCCACGAGCAAGCUACCAACGAGGAACCCACGGGACCGCCGCCAGGAUACAGAGCGCCCAGGGUGGGUGAGCCCGCGCCGCACACCUUCGACGGUCAGUUCAAGUUCUACCGCCUCGCUGCCUCGCUGCACGGUGCCUCCCACACGUACGGCUACCGCGCCGUCAAUCGCAACAUCGUCUUCCCCAUCUCCAGCCUGCACAGCGCGUCCACAAUGCUCCCUAUGAUUUGUGAGAUGGCGCGCUGGAGUAGAAACUAUGUGCAUGCGGCAUUCAUGGGCAGGGAGGACGUUGAUGUGGCUCGGAUACUGGAGAUCAAUGGUAUAGACCAAAUCAAAUGCCCAGCCAUCUGGCACGAUGCGCGGCCAGACUGGACCGAAUACAGCUCAGACGACCGAGCCGAGCUCAGUGUCAUGGCCGCCAUGACCCACAUCAACACAUUCCUGCACCCACAGGCUGCUAUAGUAGACGAUGCUCUGUCCGAGGAUGGCUUCUUCACAAGAGGUGUACGCGCCAAGACAGAGGCGUUGCACAUGCCCCUCAUCGAGAUACCCAAAGAUAAACUGGACAGCACCAUGUGGAUAACUCGGCUCGAUGCUGGGUCCUUGCGGAGCUGGAACCUGCCCACUGUCGAUAUACUCAUCCAGGUGCCGCCAGACUCUGCGAGUGUUGCUCGUCUUCUCAAGUCGAUCCGAUCCGCUGACUACAGUGGUCUGAACCUGCCUCAUAUCACACUCGAAUUGCCUGCGGAUCUUGAUGAAACAGUGGAACAAUUCUUGGACGAGUUCAGUUGGCCGCCCUCGGGCCAUCAGAGUCACAUAACAACCAGACGCAAGAUUGGAAAUCAGCGCGCGACGCAGGAGGAAUCUGCCGUCCGUUUCCUCGAGCUCUUCUACCCUAGCUCCAAGAAUUCGCACCUCUUGCUGCUUUCCCCGCAGGCUGAGCUCUCGCCGCAAUAUUACCAAUAUCUUAUCUUCACUUUGCUGGAGUACAGAUACUCCACGUACGCCGAAGAUGACGCCGCGGGCGUAAUGGGCGUGACGCUGGAGCUUCCUUCCGUUCUACUUAACGGGGAGACGAAGCUCAAUCCACCUAAGCCCCCCGAGAUGCAUUCCCCGCGAUACUCGGAGCUUUUUGCGGACACAAAAAGUGUGCCGUACCUUUGGCAAGCUCCUAAUAGCCACGCAACAUUGUAUUUUGGCGACAAGUGGGCAGAGCUGCACUCAUUCCUCAGCAACCGCGUGGCAAAGCAGUCAAAAGCACCACAGCGGAAAAAACUUGUAUCGGAGACUCUCCCGGCCUGGAUGGAGUACACGCUGGAGUUCAUGCGUGCCCGAGGCUAUGCCUUGUUCUAUCCCGGAGCCACCUCCGAAGAAGCUCUGGUCACUAUCCACAAUGAGCUGUACCACAUGCCCGAAGAGUUCGCGUCGCCAAAAGCGAGGCAUGGAGACGAUGGGACUGCUCUACCGAUACAGACAAACGAACCAUUCCUCCGUGGCGACAUAGCUGCACCGACACCUAAGCUGUCGGAGAACAAAGUAGUUUCCCACUCACGUCCCCUGCACCUCAUCUUACCUUUCGAGGGUGAUCUUCCCGAAAUACCCCACCUCCCGUACCUCCUACAUCGCGGCGACUUGAUACCCCAUUCCAAUGUCUCGUCUAUCGCGGAAACAUACGCUGCUGAAUACCGGAAGGUAAUUGGCGGUUGCACCAUACCGACAGGUAAACACCGGAAGAUUGCCGCGGGAAGUGCUCGUGAUCUGUUUUGCUUUGGGGAUGAGGAAGAUGACGACUGGGAGAACGAUAUAGAAGUGUUCGACGCAGACACUGACGACGAUUACCGCGACAUACGGGAUAGUGCACUGACGAAUAACGAGAUUGUUGCCAUAAUGACAACGACGGGGAGCAGUGUCAGUGCGACACCUGAACCUACAGCUACUUCUAGUCUGUAGUGAUACAGUCUCGCGCGUAGUUUGCACGAGACUCCGAGACUCGUUUCGCGGCACUUCGUUGAUCGUCCGCUCUGUCCUUGCUUGUGUUACUGCGAGGAUCAUAGCGGGACGUGACGUGCAGUAUGAUUUGAUAGAACAGCAGAGCAGGAUCAUGGGCAUUUCAUCGGAGUUUUAGGCCUUGGCCGGCCGUUUUGCAGCGUUUGGCAUGUAAACUGGAUGGUCAGUUAGUAGACUGUAAUGAGUGUUCGAGACCGACAAAUGCGAGGCUUGCAUCAGUGUUGGCGUUGGCAGGAGCGGUAUGGUAUGAUGGUAUAUUGGUGCAUCUGCAUACCAUGUCUUGUUUGCCAGAAGUCAGAGGUUUGCUUCGUGUAGAGUGUAGAUGCAUGCA